AUGACUAUUCUCGAGUACAGUUUUUAUUCUCUUCAAUAUUUUGGUGUUUGGCAACCGAUAAAUUGGACACCAGGAUGGAAAACUCGUUUUUAUUUAAUUUAUACAAUUUUUAUAAUUUAUUUAGUUUAUUCAUUUACUGUAUUUGAAUUUAUCGAUUUAUUUGUUGCUACUGAUAACAUUCAAGAUUUUACAAAUAAUUUAUUUAUGCUAUUAUCAUUUGUAAGUCUUUGUGGUAAAAUUAUGAUUGUUUUUAUAAAAAGAAAAGAAAUAAUUCAAGUUGUUCGAGCUUUUCAAUGUGAUCCAUAUAGAGCUCAAAAUAUUGAAGAAAAAAUUAUAGAAAAAAAAUUUUUUCGUACUAUUCGCGAUUUUUGGUUAAGAUAUUUUACACUUUUUUAUGCAGUUAUCACAGAAAUAACAGUUACAUAUAUGACGAUUGCUGGAGCUAUGCAAUUUUCAAAGUCAAAUGGUGUUUUACCUUAUAAAGCUUGGAUUCCAUAUAAUUAUUCAACUCGUAAAAUUUAUUUAACAACAUAUGGACAACAAUUAAUCAGUGUAUGGAUCACUGCAAAUAUUGACAUUGAUUUUAAACGUUUGGAUGAAAAACUACUGUCAGAAUGUAUUCGUUAUCAUCUUGCAAUUUUUGAGUUAAAUUAUAUUGGCUUUUUUAAAAAUAAUUACUGCAACUUUUUUACGAAAUAA